AUGUCGACGACGACAACGUCCAUCGAGCUCGCGGCGGUACCGGCGGUAUCGAGCCGGAGCAAACCUGUCUCGCAGCUGCAGCUCACGAACGAUGCUAUCCUCCAGGAGUCGCGGGUAGCCGACUCCACUGUGCCCGACGGCGGUUACGGUUGGGUGGUUGUCGCGGCGGGUGCGGCGAUGCUAUGGUGGUCCGUCGGCCUCACCUACUCCUGGGGCGUUUUUCAGGCCACGCUGGUGGAACGAGGGCUUUCGGGUCCGGCGGUGCUCUCGUUUGUGGGCUCGCUGUACGCAUCACUCGUGUCCGUGUUUGCCGUUGCCAACACACGCCUCAUGCGGAGGAUGGGCGCGCGCAAGACGGGGGUGCUGGGUAUGGCACUCUUGGGGGGUAGCGCCAUCCUGAGCAGCUUUGCCGUGGAGAGCGUUGGCGGGCUAUUCGUGACGGUCGGCGUCAUGAUGGGAUUCGCCGCAAGUCUCUGCUUCGUCGUGGUGACGACGAUCCCGGCGCAGUAUUUCCACCACCGACGCGGCAUCGCCAACGGGCUCAUAUUUGCCGGCAGUGGCUUCGGCGCGGCGGCCAUCAGCUUCAGCUUGGACGCGCUGACCCAGCGGCUGGACCCGGCUUGGUCGUACCGCGUGCUGGGGCUCGCGACGCUGGUGACGGGCCUGCCAGCGGCCUGGCUGAUGAAGGAGCGUACGUCGUUGACGCAGACGACGCCGGGCACGGUGGAAUGGAGGCUGUUCAAGUCGCUCACCUUCAACCUCGUCUUCUUCGCCGGCGUCAUCGGCACCUUUCCGCUCUUCGUCGCGCCCUUUUUCCUGCCGCUCUACAGCAAGUCGCUCGGCCUGAGCUCGAGCACGGGGGCGGGCCUCGUCGCCGGCUUCAGCCUCUCUUCGGCGGCCGGUCGGAUCGUCACGGGCUUCGCGAGCGACCGGUUCGGGGCGUUGAACACGCUGAGCAUGUCGUGCCUGCUGACGGCGCUGAGCAUGCUGGCGCUGUGGCCGGAGAGCACGACGCUGGGGCCGCUGACCGUCUUUGUCGUCAUCAACGGCGCGAGCAACGGCGGCUUCUUCUCGACGAUGCCGACCGUCGUGAGCAACGUAUUCGGGAGUGCGCGGAUGGCCGUGACGAUGAGCAUGGUGGUGACGGGAUGGAUCGGCGGGUACUUGAUGGGAAGCCCGAUUGCCGGAUACCUGCUCGAGGCGUACGGGGGGGCCGGUGCUGGCCUGCAGGCCUAUCGACCAGCCAUGUGGUAUGCGGGCUCACUGGCGCUCGCUUCGUCGGCCAUGGUGACGGCGGCGCGGGUCAGGGCAACCGGAAAGGUGUUUGCGAGGCUGUGA